GAUGCUGCUUGGCUGUGAGAUCCAGAGCGGAGCAGCCCCCCCAUGCUGUCUGCGGAUGAUGCUGAAUACCCGCGGGAGUACCGGACCCUGGGGGGCGGGGGCGGCGCGGGCAGCGGGGGACGGCGCUUCUCCAACGUGGGGCUCGUGCACACGUCCGAGCGACGGCACACGGUGAUCGCCGCCCAGAGCCUGGAGGCGCUCAGCGGGCUCCAGAAGGCGGAUGCCGACCGCAAGCGCGAUGCCUUCAUGGACCACCUAAAGAGCAAGUACCCGCAGCACGCCCUGGCCCUGCGGGGUCAGCAGGACAGGAUGCGAGAGCAGGUUGGCGGCUGGACCGUGGACCCCGUGUGCCUCCUCAGCUCCCUCUGCUCCCACCUCCAUGGCGACUCCGCCCCUUCCGGGGCUGGCCAGCCGGCCCAGCAGCCAAACUACUGGAGUUUCAAGACCCGCAGCUCGCGCCACACUCAGGGAGCCCAGCCCGGGCUGGCAGACCAGGCUGCCAAGCUGUCAUACGCCUCUGCGGAAUCGCUGGAGACCAUGUCGGAGGCCGAGCUGCCCCUGGGCUUCAGUAGGAUGAACCGCUUCCGACAAAGCCUGCCCCUCUCCCGCUCCGCCAGCCAGACCAAGCUGCGCUCGCCAGGGGUGCUGUUCCUGCAGUUCGGGGAGGAGACUCGGCGCGUGCACAUCACGCACGAGGUCAGCAGCCUGGACACGCUGCACGCACUCAUCGCGCACAUGUUCCCGCAGAAGCUCACCAUGGGCAUGCUUAAGUCGCCCAACACCGCCAUCCUCAUCAAAGACGAGGCUCGCAACGUCUUCUACGAGUUGGAGGACGUCCGGGACAUCCAGGACCGCAGUAUUAUCAAGAUCUAUAGGAAGGAGCCGCUCUACGCCGCUUUCCCUGGCUCACACCUCACCAACGGGGACCUCCGGAGAGAGAUGGUGUAUGCGUCGCGGGAGUCGUCGCCUACGCGGCGCCUCAACAACCUGUCGCCAGCGCCGCACCUGGCCUCCGGCUCGCCGCCGCCGGGGCUACCGUCCGGGCUACCGUCCGGGCUGCCGUCGGGGCUGCCAUCGGGCUCGCCGUCGCGCUCGCGCCUCUCGUACGCCGGGGGGCGCCCGCCGUCCUACGCCGGCAGCCCGGUGCACCACGCGGCCGAGCGGCUGGGGGGCGCCCCCGCCGCCCCGGGCGUCAGCCCCAGCCCCAGCGCCAUCCUGGAGCGGCGCGACGUGAAGCCGGACGAGGACCUGGCGGGCAAGGCGGGCGGCAUGGUGCUGGUGAAGGGCGAGGGCCUCUACGCCGACCCCUACGGGCUGCUCCACGAGGGCCGCCUGAGCCUGGCCGCGGCCGCCGGCGACCCGUUCGCCUACCCGGGCGCCGGCGGCCUCUACAAGCGCGGCUCGGUGCGCUCGCUCAGCACCUAUUCGGCCGCCGCGCUGCAGUCCGACCUGGAGGACUCGCUGUACAAGGCGGCGGGCGGUGGCCCGCUCUACGGCGACGGCUACGGCUUCCGCCUGCCGCCCUCGUCGCCGCAGAAGCUGGCCGACGUGGCGGCACCCCCCGGGGGCCCCCAGCCGCCGCACAGCCCCUACUCGGGGCCGCCCAGCCGCGGCUCGCCGGUGCGCCAGUCCUUCCGCAAAGAUUCGGGCUCCUCGUCGGUCUUCGCCGAGAGCCCCGGAGGCAAGAGCCGCAGCGCUGGGGGUUCCUCGACGGCCGGAGCCCCGCCCUCCGAGCUCUUCCCCGGACCUGGGGAGCGCCCGCUCGUCGGGUUCGGGCCGCCUGUGCCAGCCAAGGACACGGAGACCAGGGAACGCAUGGAGGCCAUGGAGAAGCAGAUUGCCAGCCUCACAGGCCUGGUGCAGAGUGCCCUACUGCGAGGCUCAGAGCCUGAGACCCCCAGUGAGAAGAUUGAAGGCUCCAAUGGAGCAGCCACCCCCUCAGCACCCUGCGGGUCGGGCGGCAGGAGCAGCGGGGCCACCCCAGUGUCCGGCCCUCCCCCACCUUCGGCUAGCAGCACCCCUGCGGGGCAGCCCACUGCCAUCAGCCGUUUGCAGAUGCAACUACACCUGCGUGGCCUGCAAAACAGCACCAGUGACCUGCGCAGCCAGCUGCAGCAAUUGCGGAAGCUCCAGCUCCAGAACCUGGAGUCGCUGCGCGCGCUGCUGAAGGGCACGGAGGCGGAGCUGAGCAUGCGCGUGUCGGAGGCGGCGCGGCGGCAGGAGGACCCGCUGCAGCGGCAGCGCACCCUGGUGGAGGAGGAGCGGCUGCGCUACCUCAACGACGAGGAGCUCAUUACCCAGCAGCUCAAUGACCUGGAGAAGUCGGUAGAGAAGAUCCAGAGGGACAUGUCCCACAACCACCGGCUGGUGCCUGGGCCCGAGCUGGAGGAGAAGGCGCUGGUGCUGAAGCAGCUUGGGGAGACGCUGACUGAGCUCAAGGCUCACUUCCCAGGUCUGCAGAGCAAGAUGAGGGUGGUGCUGCGCGUGGAGGUGGAGGCCGUGAAGUUCCUGAAGGAGGAGCCACAGCGCCUGGACGGGCUGCUCAAGCGCUGCCGUGGGGUCACAGACACGCUGGCCCAGAUCCGAAGGCAAGUGGACGAGGGUGUGUGGCCACCCCCAAACAGCCUCCUGAGUCAGUCCCCCAAGAAGGUGACGGCCGAAACUGACUUCAACAAGAGCUUGGACUUCGAAAUGCCGCCGCCCAGCCCGCCGCUGAACAUCCAUGAGCUGAGUGGGCCGACCGAGGGAGCCGCUCCCACCCCCAAGGGGGGCAACCCCACCAAAGGCCUGGACACUCCUGGCAAGAGAAGCGUGGACAAGGCUGUGUCUGUUGAGGCUGCCGAGCGGGACUGGGAGGAGAAGCGGGCAGCCCUGACUCAGUACAGCGCCAAGGACAUCAACCGGCUGCUGGAAGAGACACAGGCAGAGCUGCUGAAGGCCAUCCCUGACCUGGACUGUGCGAGCAAGGCCCACCCAGGCCCGGCCCCCACCCCUGACCACAAGCCCCCCAAGGUCCCCCAUGGCCAGAAGGCAGCCCCCCGAACGGAACCCAGUGGGAGGAGGGGCUCAGAUGAGCUGACGGUGCCCCGGUACCGCACGGAGAAGCCCUCCAAGUCGCCCCCACCGCCCCCUCCCCGCCGGAGCUUUCCCUCUUCCCAUGGCCUGACCACCACACGCACAGGAGAGGUUGUGGUCACCAGCAAGAAGGACUCAGCCUUCAUCAAGAAGGCCGAGUCUGAGGAGCUGGAGGUGCAGAAGCCCCAAGUGAAGCUGCGCCGGACGGUGUCGGAGGUGGCCCGCCCAGCCUCCACGCCGCCCAUCAUGGCCUCUGCUAUCAAGGAUGAGGACGAUGAGGACCGCAUCAUCGCAGAGCUGGAGGUGUUUGAGAGAAGCUCAGUGUCUUCCCUCCCCCCCACGCCCCGCCGCCAGCUGAUCCCCACCUUGCUGUCCCCCCAGGACCUGGGGCCCCCCAGGGGCUCAGCCCCGGGCCCCCCAUGGAAGGCUGCCCCAGGCCCCAGGACCUUCUGUGUUCCCCGGAUCAUCUUGACGGAGUGUGCCCCCAACCCUCCCUCCCCACUGGAGGCCAGGCUUGAGGAACCCGGUUCCAGGACGCCCCCCACCCCACGACCUCGGACCCUGGCUGGCAGCGGGAGGGGCUGGGAUGGCCUAUGGGCCCCGCCAGGGAUGGUGGCCGAGGCUUCCCAGCCCAGGAGCAGCUUGAUGCCCAAGAAGGAAGGGGCAGCUCUCAAGGGACUGGGGAUAGGGGGCUGCUGCCCAGAGGAGGGAGGAGCCGGGGUUCCCUGUCCUCAGGGACCAGCCCCCGACGGGGCUCAGGAGCCCUCCACUGUUGAGACCCACCCAGAGGAGACCCACAGUGACUCUGGACAUGAUGCCCAAUCCUGCAGUGGCCAGCCUGCUGCUGGCCCGGGCUGCCCAGUGAGGGGUGCCACCACCCAGCAGAUGGACAGCCUAGAGGAAACUCUCCGGGAGCUGGAAGCCACCCUGAGCCAGAUGGGCACGGCUCCUGCCACGGGCCCCCCUGGCAGCCCUCUGCCCCUGCCCCCUGGUCCCCAGAGUGGCGGUGGCAGCGUGCCACCCAUGAAGGUGGUGACCGCGGGGGCUUCUCGGCUGAAGGCGGCUCAGGGCCAGGCAGGCAGCCCCGACAAAGGCAAGCACGGCAAGCAGAGGGCCGAGUACAUGAGGAUCCAGGCCCAGCAGCAGCUCCUGCAUGCCAGGAUGGGAGUGGAGCCAUGAAAUGUCCAGACGCUGUGACUUGAAGAAGGUUCUAGGCUCAGAGGCAGGAAGUUAGAGAUGAGUGAGUCCAGCCACCUCCUUUACAGAUGAGGGGACAGCUCAGAGAAGGAAAGGGAGUUCCCAAGAGUGCACAGCAAGGUGGCAUCAGAGCCAGGACUGAGACCCAGGGCUCCCAAAGCCCUUCCCACCACAUGGCCCUGCAACAGCCCUGGGCACACGGGGCCUUGCCUGUCUGCUGGUUCCCUGGAGAAUCCAGGGGAGAUGGGCCAUCCAGGCACGCCCCCCGCCCCCAACCAGGCUCUCCUCACUAGCUCCCUGCUAGCCCACUGUCUUCCUCAUGGGUUCCCAGCCACACCCUGCAAAUCCUACCCCCAGCUCUUUUCCCCGCCGCCACCAUGGAUGAAUUCCCCUCGUCCUGUCCAGGCUGGUCCCUCCGUUGUGUCCAGAACAGCAGCUGACAUUUAUGGGGUGUUCACUUCUGCCAGACACACACAUCAUCUCAUUUCCCACUCACCACACCACUCUGAGGAAGGUCCUUGUUAUCCUCGUUUGAUAGAUGGGGAAACUGAGCCUUUACCCAAGGUCACAUAACUGGCAAGUGGUGGAGUGGGAUUCAAAUCCGGACUGUCUGACCCCCUCCCCGUGCAUACACUUAUGCUCCGCCAUCUCCCACCUGACUCCCAACUCCCACGGCUCCUCCGCAGGGUGCCCUCCCUUCUGUCCUCAGCUUGGUCGCCUCCAGGCCCUCACCUCCGUUCAUUCCUCAGCCUUCCGCCUUCCCUCCAGCCUCGCCACUGGGCUUGGCUAGGUCUCCAGCGACCUCCGGGGUGCUCUCCCCACCUUUCCGCAGCACGUGCAGGGUAUACCCUGCCCCCAUACACCGGGGGCUGUAUUCCUCGACCCUCCAUUCCUUGACAUCCUCUCCUUCCUUGUCAGCCCUCACCCCGGCCCUCCUGACUCCUUUCUGGGCGUUUCUCCUCUGCCUGCCUCUUCACUUGGCUGUGCCCAGGUUUCUCCUCAGCCUCUCUGCUCGUCACACCACACCCUCCUCUCCUUGGGUACCAGGCACCAUCUGUCCCUUUCCAGGUCUCUGUUCGGAGCUCAAGCCUGCCCCAGCUGCUUUCCCCCCAGGAAGUGUCACCCACCCCCAGGCAUCCGCCCACGCUUGGGGCGUCUCCGAGCUCCACCUUCUCCGUCACCUCCUACAGACGCAGAACUCUUCUCUUCCCACACUCCUGCCACUGCUCUGGCUCUCUGGCACUUCCAUUUUUCUAGUAGCUUUUCUUUGAAAAAGCAUCUUCUUUCUAAUAAAGUAAUACGUGUUCCUUGUGAAAAAUUUUUAAAGUAAAGAAAAGUUAUAAAGAAGCAGGGAAAAAAAUCAUCUUAUGCCUCGCUACCUAAAUGCAUGCUUUUCUGAGGUCCCCUGUGACUUCUGUUGCCUCUAACCUGUUUCCCAGGCCUGCGGGGUGCAGAGGGAGUUGGUAACAUGCAGAUUUGAUUCUGUCACUCCCCCUGCCUAAAACCUGUGCCCACCAGCCCCUGCCGGGUAAGAAGCUCGAAAGUCCUUCACAUGCUGCCCAGAGCGCUUCAUGAGCCGCCUCGGGUCCCUCCGCCCAGCUCUCCCGGCGCCCUCCAUCCCACACCCUCAAUUUGCUCCAGCCACCCUGGGUCACCUGGCCCUCCGUCCUCUGGGCCGGGGACACCUCUCCAUACCAACUCAGUCUGUGACCUUGGUCGAAGUCCUCUUCCUCGUGCAGGCUCUUUCCUCAUCUGUGCAGUGCGUUCUGAGGUCAUAUAAUGCCAGAUACGGGAACGAGCUUUGAAAGCCACAGAGGGAAGGAGUCACCAUUGUCCUUGGUGGCACUGUACACUUGUUAGGGA